CAAUCGAAACGCGGGGCGGGGCCAUCCAGAGGCGCGCGCGCUCGCGGGCCGGCGGCCAUGGGGCACGACGAGAUGGUCCCAGCCCUUGUCAGCGCCCAGGCUACGGGCUGUCAGCCGCCCGUAAGCUCCGAGGACGAGCUCUACGAUUGCCUGGAUUAUUACUACCUGCGCGACUUCCCGGCCUGCGGGGCCGGGCGCAGCAAGGGCCGGAUGCGGCGCGAGCGGGAACUGCGCACCAACCGGCCAGUACCCGGAGGCCACGAGCGCAAGAUCGCGCAGAAGCUCCUUAACGGUCAGCGCAAGCGUCGCCAGCGCCAGCUGCAGCCCCGGGCGCGCACUCGCCUCGCCUGAGCGCAGUUUUCUGCAGGAUACCUGAAGGCCCUGAUAAAAGUAUUUUCUCUGACUCCAGCUGUAACUGUGGUCGUAAGGGGAGAAUCCAUGUUAGUCAACAUAACUUCUUUUCGACAUCGCUUAAGUUUACCGCUUCAGUAUAACUUACUGAUUGUGAAUUAAGCAACAUCCAAGUGUCCAAGUGGGUAUGCCUUUUUAGGGUUUUUAAUUAAAAGCAAGAAUGGCAUUUAAA